GCCUUGCGGGGUGCGUGCGGCGCGGGCGCCUCGGUGGCUCCAGAAGUUUCCCGGCGGCGACGGCCGGCAUGGAGGAGGGAGUGGGAGCGGCAUCGGGAGCGGCCCCGCCGCGGUUCUCGGACGCGGACGUCGACCGGGACCCGGGGGCGGCGGCGCAGGAACUGACAACAGCUUUGGAAAAGAAUCCAGAUGAUGCCGAAUGUUAUUGUCAACGAGCUUAUGCUCACAUUCUUCUACAGAAAUAUGCUGAUGCAGUUGCAGAUGCAAAAAAGUCUCUAGAACUCAACCCAAACAAUGCUGUAGCACUCCUUAGAAAAGGGUUAGGUGAAUAUCAUACCAAAAACUAUGCAUCUGCUUUAGAGUCUUUCAGAGAGGGACAGAGGCUGGACAAUGUAGAUGAUACCUUUACUAUUUGGAUUAAAAGAUGUGAAGAAACACUAAAUGCAUCACAGACUGAUGUGAAUUCACAGCAGCAGCCCCUGCCACCAAAGAUCAAAUAUGACUGGUACCAAACAGAAUCUCAAGUAAUUGUGACCAUAAUGAUCAAGAAUGCGCAGAAGGAUGAUGUCAGCGUGCAGUUUUUGGAGAGAAAGAUGAAUGCAUCAGUGAGACUUCCAUCAGGUGAAGACUUCAACUUAAAGCUUGAUCUUCUUCAUUCUAUAGUGCCAGAGCAAAGUACGUUUAAAGUGCUUUCAACAAAGGUUGAGAUAAAAAUGAAGAAACCAGAGGCUGUAAGAUGGGAGAAGCUGGAGGGCCAGGGAGAUUCUCCUAAGUUAAAACAAUUUACACCAGAUACCCAGCACUUAUAUCCAUCAUCGUCUCACUAUACAAGGAACUGGGACAAACUGGUAGUUGAAAUCAAAGAAGAGGAGAAAAAUGAGAAGUUAGAAGGAGAUGCUGCUUUAAAUAAACUCUUCCAGCAAAUCUAUUCAGAUGGUACAGAUGAAGUAAAACGUGCCAUGAACAAAUCAUUCAUGGAGUCUGGUGGCACAGUUCUGAGCACCAACUGGUCUGAUGUUGGUAAAAGGAAGGUAGAAGUAAAUCCUCCUGAUGACGUGGAAUGGAAAAAAUUCUAAUCCUAUUUCUGAUCUUCACCAUCUAUGUGUUGCCAUAGUCAUGUACUGACACCUAUGUAUGGACAUAGCAUUCUUGGAUUCAAAGCACUGAAUGUUCCCUUGAAAACAGGAAUUGUCUGUACAUUUUGCGUGCUUUAGAAAUUCCUUCAUCUGCAGAUCUUAAAGAUAUACUCAAGAGUGGAACCCUAUUUUUAUCAUCUGUCUUAAUUUCUGGGAAUUGAGUCCAUCAGUCCAAAUUUUCUACCACCUUUAUCAGCUCUGCUCUUUGGGAUAGGAUGAUCUCUAAUGGCUGGUCAGGUUUAUUGCCUUACACCUGGUAUUUCUGUUCAAUAACUUAUUAGAUCUUAGCAAUUUUGGGUAAAAACACUUUUCACAACAGUGUUAAAAUGGUUUGCUCCUUAACUCUGCUAAAUAAAACUGUAAAUACAA